AUGUGUGAUCGUAUCGUAUGUCGAUCUGAGAAGUUUGCUACGAUACGGGCCGUCGAGGCAUCGGUAUACUCACGCACGAUUGCUAUGGAGAGGGUGCUGAAGGGAGAUGAGUUAGAGGGCAACGAGGAGGUUAGCUUGUCAAAGGCAUAG